AAUUACAAGAUGAUAACAGUCGUAAAAUUCGCAACAAACUGACGAGAAAGGACCAGAACCGUUACAAUAGAAUACAACCAUGACCAUCAGUAACGACAAAUAUCGAAAUAAUGAGUAGCUUCUACGUGGUCUCGCAACAUGCUAGAAACGGCAGCUAGCUCACUCUUUCCCUCCCUCUCUCCCCCUCUUCUUCACUCACUCACUCUCUCUCCCUCUUUCUCACUUUAAUCAUGUCGUUAAAAAAAACAAAUUUAUCAAUGCAGUCUUUGGAUAUAAGAUGUGGUGGUCACAGCUGGAAAGUCUUUGAUAAUAAAUAGGUCUGCUGAGUUGGGACUGUCCUGAGAUUAUACAACUACAAUAGAAAAUCGAAGAACUGCAAUAUUUGUUCAAGGAUAUAAUAAUAUAGUGUAUAACAGGCACAGAUCUACAUAUACUGCUUUCGAAUUCUGCCACAAAGCAAGCAAUUUUAGGGGAAGGGUAAGUCGAUUAAAUCGACCCCAGGGCUCAACUGAUACUUAUUUUAUCGGCCCACGAAAGGAUGAAAGGCAAAGUCGACCUCGGCGGAAUUUGAACUCAGGACAGAUCUACAUAUAUAAAAGGCGGAAUAUGACCGAUUAACUACGUUCUUCAUUAUAUCACUGGUAUUAAAUUAUCGUAUCGACCCUAGAAAAAUGAAAGGCAAAUUCGACCUGGAUGGGAUUUGAAGUCAGGACGGAGAGAGAGACUGUUGCAGUUUCUGACAGUAGCAGCAGCAGCAGCACAACUUGUAAGCAGCAGACGACAUGAGACAGCUUAGAUAUAACAACAACAACGAUAACAAACAACAACAUCUGUAGUAAUGUAGUCGUAUCAAUAAUUCAAAGAGCAGACGACAUGGUAGAAGAAUUGAAAGAAGAAAAGACAGACAUUAAAUAAGUCGAUAAUAAUAAUAAUUAGGCAAGAUAUAGAUGAAAUAAUUUCAUUAAAAGAUGACAACGAAUCAGUGAUAAGAACAAUAACGAGUGACAGCAACAAUAACAACAAGCAUUUCAAAGUAAUAAUUUACAAUAACUUGGAGAUAAAAAUCGAACAGCAGACGACAGCGUGCAAGUUGUAACAACAACUAAAGCAACUAUGAACUCCACGCGAUACUAUAGUAUUAUUGCUCGUCCAGUUUCGGGCCUCACUCGUUGUCAUCCGUCCUGCCGGUUUUAGCUCGCAGGACUCUCUCUCUCUCUACACAUAUAUAUUUAUAUAUGAAAGCACCGUCACUAUCGGGAUGAUCCAGAUAAUUCUCGCCACCACCUCCACCACGAUGGAGUCGAGGACGGCGGAGAAGAAGAGAAAGAAAUAGAAGAAAUAAAAGAACAACAAUAACUACUAUUACUACUAAUAUGACUACUACUCCUACUACUACUUAGUACUACUACUGCUGCUGUGAGUGAAAGAAAGCCAGCGCCCUGCCAAUGUUCUGCCGACACCACGGCCGCCAUCAUAGCUCCUCGCUGCUGCUAGUGUUGUCGAGUUGUUGUGUGUGAUAUACAAUGUGUAGCUUCGGAGUUGUUUGGUUCUAGGCAUCGGAUUUACUUAACUAUUGGAAUUACACUUGAAGAAGAAGAAGAAGUAGAAGAAAAAAAAUAAAAUACCAUGGCUGCUUCGCGACUUGUUGAAGAGAAGGAUAGUCCCGAUCCUUUCCAGGAAGCUGAUAAGGGGAAAAUCUGCCAAAAAUGCGGAGACCAGUGUCCCGGCUAUUCCCCACAUUAUUGGAGGAAAAUCUGCUUACAUUGCAAGUGCCCCUACGAAAUUCACGAUCUGGGAGGUGUUACAGAAAAGGAAAAACAUCCGGAUAAAACUGUUCAUAAUGUGAAGCGAAAUUCAACUUCCGACGAUGAUAGCGGCUGUCCGCUGGAGGAAUUUACAUGGGUGCCGCCAGGACUGAAACCCGAGCAGGUUUAUCUUUACAUGAAUUGCUUACCUGAAGACAAAGUACCUUACAUCAAUAGCUUAGGGGAAAAAUACCGCAUCCGGCAGCUUCUUCAGCAGUUACCUCCCCACGAUAACCAGAUACGUUACUGUAAUAGUUUAACAGAAGAAGAGAAAAGAGAAUUACAUGUGUUUAGUUCGCGACGGAAACGAGAAGCGCUGGGGCGCGGAAGUGUUCGUCAACUACCUGUAGCACUCGACCAAAAUAUUACCUGUCCAAAUUGUCGCAAAUUGAUUGCAGCCAGUGACAUGGCGGUGUUUGCAUCGAGGGCCGGUCCAGAUGUUUGCUGGCAUCCUAGUUGCUUUCUGUGCUCAGUCUGUGAUGAGCUUCUAGUUGACCUGAUCUACUUUUAUCAAGACAGCCAAUUAUAUUGCGGUCGGCACCACGCGGAGCAAUUGAAGCCCAGAUGUGCCGCAUGUGAUGAGAUCAUUUUUGCCGAUGAAUGUACAGAAGCAGAAGGUCGAAGCUGGCACAUGAAACACUUCUGUUGUUUUGAAUGUGAUUUUCAGUUGGGUGGAACACGUUACUUCAUGCGAGAAGGCCGUCCCUAUUGCUGCGACUGCUUUGAUAGGAUGUAUACCCGCUAUUGUGAUACGUGUGGAGAUAGUAUUAGUACUGAAGAGGAUCAGAUAAUGUAUGAAGGCCAGCAUUGGCAUGCUCUUCCUCAAUGCUUUAAGUGUCACACGUGUCAAAAGUCAUUACUGGGACAACGAUAUUUACCGAAACAUGGCGUUAUAUAUUGCUCUGCGUCGUGCAGCCGUGCGGGGUCAAUGCAGACCCAGACACCCAGGAGACCCGAAGACUAUUUUCAUGAUUUAAAUCUCCAGAGUUAUGCCUUGCCCCAUUCCCCUCCAGCCCAACACCAAAUGUCGCUGUCCAUCCAUGAUGCAUCACUGGAACCUCCAUUGACCAGUGACUUCCAGCAACAAUGUACGUUGGACAGCUGCGUCUCAUCCGACCGCGACCAGGGCUACGCGACAAGCAGCAAUAGCGAGGUAUAUGCCCCGCUCAGCGGGUUCGAUUAUGUCCGACCAGUUACACCUCACAAAGACGAAACAGAUAUAUUUGAUUACGAUUUUACUCGAAACGGUUUUGUGGACUCGGUACCUGUUUGUAAGGAGCUCAGGAGAAAAAACCGUUUGUCUCAGUUCUCAAUGCCAGACUUAACGAAAGAUAUGCCAGGUUCACCGGAAACCGAGAGGAGAGCUGCGUUCAAUAACUGGAACAGAGGUCGACACGGCUCUGAACGAAAUCUCGAUAAUCCACAGCAUCAUAAUGACUACAAGCGACCCGAGGAGGAGAAUAUCUACCAAGAAAUUCUAUCGAAUCAUGUUUCUUCAUAUAACAGAUCCAGUUCGUCGACAGAAUGUUCAGUGAAAACGUGUCAAGGUGACAUUUUGCAACAACACAAGCGAAACGAACGUUCUUUGACGCCAACCAGAGAUUACUCGUCAAUCCCAUUGCCUGAUGACAAGAAAAUGAAUCCGAUAUCAAGGCCGAAUGACCCGCGAAUUCAAUAUGAAAUGAGGCAGCAUAUAAUCCAACAACAACAACAACAACAGCAGCAGCAGCAAGGAAUACCGCAACAGCAACAUCGCCACCUUCAGCAGCAGUAUCAGCUGCAACAGCAGCAGCAACAACAACAGCAGCAACAGCAACAACAGCAACAACACAUGCCACUCGGCUGCCCACGGAGUCGCAGUUUCGAUAGCAGGCCCAUGGUCGUUCAUUUUAGUGAACCACCACAUCAGGGAGAAUUAUCAACGACGGGAGAAUAUAAACGAAGCCCUUCAGAUCCAGCCUUAUCAAGUAACAGUGACAAGUACGUCGAUGGCGGUCACGCAGACGACCACUGCAGCACGUGCUCCAGUUCCAGUGACUCUGACGAUUACUACUAUUCUUUCGACUGUUCUAGUCGUUAUGGGACGCGUAUUUCCUACGUCGAUGACGUCGGUAUGUCCGUGUGUAGAAUGGGACGUGGUGGCCGUGUGGAAGGUCGGAAUGUUAGUGGUAGAAGCCAUCGUGGUCGAAGCAAACACUGUGCAAUAUCUUAAUAACAGGAAUCAUUCAAUCUAGAUUGUCCAUUUUCCCUGGCAUUGAUAGAAUGUUACGAACCUCUUAAAAAAGAAAACGACAUUCGUACAAUCUGCAGUCCAAAUUCUUUCGCUACAACAUCAACAGCAACAACAAUAACAACACGAAGAAAUGCGACAACUUCGACAAUGAUUGGUUACAGAAGUGAUUAAAGAAGAUUCAAGGUUGAAGAUAUAAUACAUUUAGAAGUUUUAGAUAAUCUGAAUUGGAUAAGAUGUGAACUGGAUUGCGUUAUUGGUUAAAUAGAAAAAUAGAGAGGUGAGACGAAAAAAGAAAAAAAAUAGAAUAAUUAUAGAAAAAGAAGACGAAUGAAAAUGUCUGACAGCGAAACUGUUCGGUUAAGAUGACGUUUUGACCCUUUUUCUUUUGCGGGAAGAAACGAAUGAGGGGAUUUCUCCUCUUGGCCGAAAUAAUAAUAAUAAUAAUAAUAAUAACGAUGACAAGAAGUAUGUAUGUAUGUGCAUAUACAUAUAUGAUUUCACUGUUGAUGCUUGUUUAAGCCUCCAAAAAUAUAUAAAGGCAAGAAAUGUUGAAAAAAGAACCCCAGAAACUUCAGACAGGUGAGAUAAUGCAGUUGACAAGUAAUUAUUGAAAAUGGAUAAAAAGAGAAGAAAAAAAACAAACAACAUGCGUAACUCCCAUAAAUGGAUUUGAUUGGUUCAUCAGAAUAUAUAUAUAUAUAUUUCGAUAUAAAUAUAUAUAGAUAAUAAAAGCAAGUAAAAUAAGCUUCGAUUGAAAUCUGGCCAGUAACUGCCGGAUUUAAUUGUUUUUUUCUUGUUUGUUGUUUUUAGUUUUCUUGUUUGUUUCUAUUUCUUCUCCAGUCCCUCCCCUCAAAGCAAUGUAUACUCCGAGCUCCUUGUUGUUUUUGUUGAUGUUGAUGUUUUCCUAAGUUAUUCAUUAUUCAAAAAAAGGAAAAAGAAAGACCAUUAACCCAAAUCUAUCCUCUUCCUCCUCCAUCUCUUCACUAGUUGAUUGUUUGUUAUAAAUGUCUUCUGUGACACCCCCUCCUCUUAUUAAACAACAAGGUACGCUAAUUCACCGAGUGAACAUUAUAAUAAACAAUUACAAAUAAUAAUUAUAAAAAAAACGAAUAUAUUGAAAAGAAAAGACAUGUUUUACCCUUUUUUCGUUUAUUUUUUCAAACUAGUGUACCUGGAAAUAUUCUGUGAAAACAUUGACAAAAAUAUAUAUAAAAAAAAAAAAGAAAAACAGCAGGAAGAAGAAAAUAAUGAAAUAGGAUUUUUUUAUUAUUUAAAAAACAAAAAAAUACUUAAAAAAAAAAACAUUUUACGAAAAAAAAACAAUAACAUAUUUUUUUGUGACUUUAAUUCUCAAACGAAACGUUGGUACCAGAACCACGUCAUUGAGAUUCUAUGCCUUCUUUAUAAAGAAUUACUUUAAAAUUACAAAAAAAAAACAA